AUGGGGAAUUAUUCUGCAGUGGCUGAAUUCUUUCUGAUGGGGCUUUCCCAAUACCCAGAACUCCAGCUCUUUCUAUUUGUGCUCUGUCUCAUCAUGUACAUGAUAAUCCUCUUAGGAAAUAGCCUCCUCAUUUUCAUCAGUAUCUUGGAUUCUCGCCUCCACACUCCUAUGUACUUCUUUCUUGGAAACCUCUCAUUCUUGGACAUCUGUUAUACAUCAUCAUCAAUUCCUCCAAUGCUCGUUAUAUUUAUGUCUGAGAGAAAAUCCAUCUCCUUCAUUGGCUGUGUUCUGCAAAUGGUUAUCUCCCUUGGCUUGGAUUCUACUGAAUGUGUCCUCCUGGCUGUGAUGGCCUAUGACAGGUAUGCAGCCAUCUGCAACCCAUUGAGGUACCCCAUCACCAUGAACAAAGUGUUAUAUGUACACAUGGCCGUGUGGUCUUGGGUCAUAGGCUGUCUGAACUCCUUAGUGCAAACAGUCCUGACAGUGGUGUUACCUUUCUGUGGUAAUAACGUCAUUGAUCAUCUUACCUGUGAGAUUCUGGCUCUUCUUAAACUUGUAUGCUCAGAUAUCUCCAUAAAUGUACUUAUUAUGACAGUGGCAAGUAUUGUUUUAUUGGUGAUUCCUCUGCUGUUAAUUUUUGUGUCCUAUAUUUUCAUUCUCUCUUCCAUCCUGAGAAUUAAUUCUUCUGAGGGGAGAAAGAAAGCCUUUUCUACCUGUUCGGCCCACCUGACUGUGGUCAUCUUAUUCUAUGGUUCAGCCCUUUUUAUGUACAUGAAGCCCAAGUCAAAGUUUACCAAAGCAUCUGAUGAAAUCAUUGGACUGUCUUAUGGAGUGGUAGCCCCAAUGUUGAACCCCAUCAUCUAUAGCCUAAGGAAUAAGGAAGUGAAAGAAGCUGUAAAGAAAAUCUUGAGCAAAAAUUUGCAUCUAUGGAAAACAUGA